UCAGAAUGAGUCGAAAACAAAAAUACAAGAACAUAUGUAUCACAUAGGUAUGAUUAUGCAAUCUGACCCCCUACAAAACAUAAUGAAAUAUCGAAAUAGAGCUGCUUGCAAUAAUUACCUAUUCUUCAUUUAGUUUUAGAAGUGUUUGAAAGUGAUAGUGAAGUAAAAGAUGAAGAUCGUCAAAUCAAGAAAAAUAUAUUAUAUUUUCGCAAAUCAUGUGAUUAAAAAUGAUUUACUCUUAUCUCCUUUGAGGAAGAAAACCUGAAGUUUAUAGAGCUGAUUUUAAAUCUAUUUAUAGAUUUUGAUACUGUCAUAUUUCAUACAAUAACGACUAUGAUAGUGAUACUAAUAUGCAGCUAUUAGGUAUCAGGAGUGAUAAGUUUUACUUACAAACGUCUGAGAAAUAUAAGAGACCUCUGUAACAAUAACAUGCCAGUGAAAUCCGUCAGCUCCAAAUAGAUUUGUUCAUACUUUGAAAUGGAAAAACUUAUUCAAUCUUCGAAAGUGAAAUUGUUCAGGCUGCGAAAAAUGACUUGUUCGAACAAUAGAAAAGCUGUAAAUUAAUCAUCUAAUCCCUCGAUGAAACAAAGGUGACUUCCGUCAAACAGAUGAGAGACUCUGAAGUAAUUUAGAGUACACAAAGAAAUCAAGGAAGUGUGUGAAUACAUCAAUCUACAAAAUCGUGAAAUAUGUGUGAAUUUGGAUGAAGUAGAGUUUUGAGUCAUUAUCCGAGCAGUCCGGUGUCAGAGCAUAAAAUGAGGAGGGAUAUUUUGUCUUUAUUCAAUACAUCAUUGUUUAAAUACGCCCAACACAUUGUUGUGUUUGCUAUCAUCACAAGUCUGCAAGUAUAUAUCAUCAGUGGGAGUGAGUGUGUGAAGCACGGAAAACGGCAUAAAGUGUAGUUCAUGAUGUCUAUGUUCCUGCUCAUCUUUCUCCUCCAUACCAUACUGUACAUAAAGGGGAAGACGGUGAUUUGGAGUACUUUUUGUCCUUUACUUUUAAAUGUCUAAAAAUCGUCAUAAGCAGUAGGUAUUCGGAGAGCGGCGACUGCGAUCAAAUCCACCAUACAUGUACAUGUGAAUUAUUCUACCUCAUAUGAUAAUAAUACACAACUUAAAAAUGCUUCUACUUUGGUUCUUUACCAAAUGUGUGACAUCAAAUUUUAAAAAAUUGGAAUCGAUUUAGAAAAAAGUAGAUUUUCGGUUUUGUUCAAGGUAUGGCAACAUGAAAAUAACUUUAUUUCAUAGAAAUCAAAGAAUAAAAAUAUUCAGGGUCAGAUAUAGAUAUUGACUCGGCUAAUUGUCAAUUCGUAUUAUGGCAUGUCAAAUGUUGAAUUUUUUUUUAUAUUUUCCAUUUGUAUUGCAUCAUUUUUCAUUUCUAUCGUAAAAAAUAUACAUUUUGUUACACCUACCUACCUAUCCUCUUCGUACCCGGUGGCACAUAAGGCUGAUACCAGACCCCUCCAUUUGUUUCCUGAUGUUGAGUUUGGUUCUGGUUUUCAGUUUCCGUAACAAGAACUUUUUUACAGGGUGGAGCAGUUAACACCACGCCAAACCUCCGCACUGUUGGGCCGCGUUUUCUUUCAGAGUUGUCCUUCCCAUAGACGAUUGCAGUUCCCACUACUUUCGAGCUCUAUCUACCCAGAUUUUCUUUCUGGGUUUACAUCCAUCGCCUUUGACUUUCCCAAGCCACCCACAAGGCAGUGUGACUAUUUUACCCAUAGCUGGGGCAAGGUUGGUGAGUGCUAGGGCAUAUCCACACGCCGGUGGGCCUACACACUGCACCUCUAGGGUCCUUGCUACUCCGAGAUCCUUUACAGUUUAGCCUAGGAUGCUAGAACCUAGUUUACUGUGUGCUGCCGCUUGGAGGCACUGUAAAAGUCUUGGACUGGUAGAGGCUUUGUACUGGCAAGAAAGACUGACGCACUCGGCUUUCCUUUCACCUACAAGUAGGUUAGCCAGCGGCAGUAGCAGAGUCUUCGACUCCACCUGUACUAGACGCAUAUCCAGCCCCUGUGGCAUUUGCAGUAUCCAUGUAUUACAUGUCUACCACUACCACUAGCACACUCAUUGGUGUAAACUAUGGUUCAAUUAUCAAACCAUAGGCAAUAUAUUUUUCAUAACUACUGUUUACUUACAUGUAGAUUCUAACUCUGUCACUCAUCAACCUCGUGUUUAAACUAGUCAUGCAGAGAAGAGAGGGGCAGUUUAUGUUGUGGUUGAGCUAGUUUUCAAUACGAUACAGACUAAAACUUGACCAAUAAAAUCCUUCAUAACUAAUCAAAAUGAACAGUUCCACGAAUACAAUACUAAUGAAAAAUAUAUAAUACAAAUGGGAAAUGGAAAGAAAAAUACAGAAUACAAAUACAAUAUUAUACAAGAUCAAGUAUUGCAACAUUUGGAAUGUCGAAAAUAUGCAUAAUUUUUACUGGUUCAAUUGCAUAAUUUGCUUCCUGUGUGUGAAAACGUGCAUACAAUUAAUGAUUCUUCCGUGUUCUCUAAUAGUCCAUCAGGAUAUAGCACACUUCACUAUUAUUGAACAAUAAAUGUUUGAAGGGAAAUGGGUCAAAGAGUUUCUAACGUAUGUUCAGAAAGCAUUGAUGGAAUGGAUUUAAUAUUCCAUAUGAACAUUUUUAAUUCAUGGCGAGGGCGAAACAUAGGAUUAGCCUUAUUGGUUUUAUCACUCAAUGCAGAAACAACAAGUAAAGGCAACUGUGUUAACGAUCGGUACGUAGAAGAAGGAGGAGAGUGCUGCACGAAUUUUUAUCAUCACAAUGGUGGAUGCAUUCCCUGUCCUACAGGUUCCUAUGGAGAUAAUUGUUCCACUACUUGUCCAUCCCCGUCGUGGGGGGAGAACUGUGGUUUCCGGUGUAAUUGUAGUUCGGAUGAAAUGUGUAGUCCCCAUGUAGGGUGUGUCAAAAUAGGUACCGCGUCCACUUCUACAACAAGUACCGAAGCAGGAAACGACAUGAAGUCAAUUGAAAAAUCCCCAAAAGUCGAUACAAGAUCUACGAGAAAUCCUUACAGUUCAAAAGUAGACGAAGUAUAUCCUGUUCCUACGGAUAUCAUUCCUACCUUAGCAGUGGUAUCCAAGGAAACAAGUUCUGUGACUCUUAAGUCGGCUUCUGAAGAUUCACGGAAAACUGAAAAAGCGUAGGAGAAACAUUUCUGCAAGCAAAACUCCUAAGCCCUCGGCUACAAACGAAGCAGAGGAGGAGGCUUAUGUAGACAUAAACGAGUCUGGCAUGCUGGAAAAUAUUUCAAGAUACGACAAAAUCGAGUCGCAACCGUCAAUAAAACAACAAAACCCAAACGGAGAUGUUUCAAACAUUGAAAUCAGUAAUGAAACAAAACCAAUGCUUCCAAAAUUAAGAAAUGAAGUCAUUGGUACAAAAUCAGAAGAACUUAGUGUUAGACAAGAAGAUGAGAGUUUGGAAGAGAGACGUUCAGAUUAUCUGGAUGUUGUGACCGAUAAACGUAAUGAAUUACCGGAUAAUUCUUACCUGAAUCCAGUUGGUAUGAUAAACACGUAUAUAGAAGUGAUAGGUUCGCCACCAAAAGAGAUGUCAGAAAACGGAAGUCGGACCGAGUGUCAGACCUUUGAUGUGGAAAGUCCAUCGAUCUGCCAAAGCGAGCUAACCAGCCAAAGGGACACGUAUCUUGAAGUUGUCCAUGAGUAGAGACCAUUGAUUUCCUUGUCUUUAGUCUUAUAUAUUUACAUUCACUGAAUCUCUUAUAUUUUUUUAAUGACAUUGCUUUCAUCAAAGACAAUGAAUACGUUUUGCUGCAAACUAGUUCGAUCCGGUUUCUUAAUACAACCUGUUCGCGUCAUCAUUACGAAAUAUGGAGCGUUGCUAAGGUCAACGGGUGUAGGGCUGUUCCAAAAGUAACAAAAAGGUCAGCGAUACGAUAUUUCGGUACUUAAAUCUUAUUUAUAUUUUACAAAAAUAUAAAUUUAAACAAUAAAAUGUA